CGAAAUCAUCACGUCAUUUCAUUUCAAUUUUUCGAAAGAAAUGAAGGAAUUUGGUCAUUGUUAGUUGAAGAUCUUAACCUUAUUAUGAUGGAAAAGCAGUUUGAUGUUUCAGAUGUUGUGUGGGCGAGAGCUAGAAAGCCAAAAAUCGAGAUAUUUUGGCCUGCACAGGUCGUUGAAACUGAGAAAGCUUCAAUAAGAUCUAAAAAGAAAGUUAUUGCAAGUGUGAAAUUUCUUGGAGAAGACACAUAUGAAAAUAUUAAAGACGCCAAGGACAUCAUGGAGUGGGAUUGUAAAGAGCAGCAUGAUCUAAUCCACAGUGGAAGAGCCUCUAUUAAAGCACCACAAAAGAAGAUUUGUUUUAACAAGGGUAUUGCUGAAGCAAGAAGAUUGUUUGCUGAGAAUAAAGGAAUUACGAGUGAUGACAAAAACAAAACCCUUAAUGAAGCAGCAACAUCCAGCAAGGGAAAAAAGUCUAGUGAAAUAAGUGUAAAACAAAAUAACAAAACUGGUGCUCAUGAAAGACUAAAUAUGAAUGAUUCGAAAGAGUUCAAAACAAACAGUGAUGAGCCAAAGGUUAAACGUUCUAAAGGUAUUAUUUGUGAAAAUUUGGUAAGAAGAACAAGUCCAAGAAAAGCACCAGUUAAGAAAGAGGAAGUACAUGUAAAUAAAAGAAAUUCUGUGACUGCUAAAGAAGUUUCAAAUGCAAAAGAAAGAUCAACACAGUUUGUUGGGAAAGCUAAUGAAAAUAUGAAGAAUGAAAUAGCUGCUAAGAACAGUCCAGUUUCAAAGAGAAAGAGAAAAAGACAAGAAGUUAUAAAACAAAAUAGAUUUAGUGCUGCUACACUUGAAAGUACAAAUGAAGAAUUAAAUGACUCUGAAUCUCCAGUAAAAUUAUCGAAGAAACAAGGAAAAAAUGAUGCCAAGCAAAAAAUAACUGAAAAUAAGCAACAGACCAAAAACGUUGAUAAAAGAACUUUUCCAAACGAUGGCAAGGAUGAUAAUUCUCAUAGAAUGGAGCAAGGAAAUUCUAAAGAAAAUAAUGAUGAAGGAGAAUGGGAGUCUGAUUCAUGUUCAGAUGAAGAACUUAUGGAAGCAGCUUUGUCACCAAGCUCAAAGGACUUCAAAUUUGAAUUAAAUGAUGUGGUGUGGGCAAAGUUAUACAGGGAUCCAUUUUGGCCUGCUCAGGUCAAAAGAAUUAUUGGUAAUAAGAAAGCCAAAAAGAUCUAUGUACAGUUUCUGGGAUAUGACAAUAAAUCCUGCUUUUCAUGUAAGAGAGUGGUUCCUUUUGCAUGUGAUUCUGAGAAGAGAGAGGAAUUUGUGAAAGAUGCUAUGGAAUUAGAUCCUCAGAGAUUUGAUGAAGCCCUCGUCAUGGCAGAAGACAUGGUCAGAAGAAAAGCCCUUGGUAUCAAAGAGCAGAAUGAAGAGGACAAAGAAGUUUGCAAGCUUGUUGAUACUGAUGAUGUCGAAGAAAACAGCAAUGACAGCAAAGUGGACACAUCAAGUGUUACUGAUGACAAACCUGAGAAAGAAACUAUUGUCAGAAAAUCCAGUCGAAAUGUAAAAAGACCAUCUAAAUACAAAGAUAUCCUGACAUACAUCAGGGAAGCAAAGCCUUUCCUAAAAGAUAUAUUUGAAGAGAAGAAAGCAUGCGAGAGGCAUGAAAUAUUCAAAAAGGGUUCAGCAAAAGAAAAGAAUUCCUUGAAACGUCGUUCAGGUUUUGGUCCCGUUGCUGACACCGACCUGGAAGACGACAUCAUGGAGCUACUGCAGGACUUUUACAGAGAAUUGGUUGGAAAUAAAGAAGAUUUUUCAGAGAUAACCUACAUCAGUGAUGUAUGGCUGCCAGAGGCGAUCAUAUACGCAGUACAAAAGAUAGAAAGAGUGGACAGAAAAACUGCAGAAUAUUUGUUUCGACGAGGCUCCAGUCAGGGAACGCGCAGCCAUCGUUUCACUCAACGGCUCAAAGCCAAAGCUCUAACCCAAGAAGAAAGAAAAGAGUCCGUACAAAGAGCAGAAAAAAGUUUUCGCAUCUCAUUGAAUCUAUAGUUUAAAAUGUAUAUACGAUUAUUUUUUUAGCCAAGAUUCGUUAGCAUUAUUGUAAUGUUCAGCGCAAGUGAUGCAUGCAUGGCACAAAAUGACAGUUUUUUGUGCUCAAUACAAAAUAGCGCUAAACGGUUAGUUUAAAGUUGGUUUGAAGUGUAAUUUUUGUCAAACUAGUUACGACUUUUAAAGUGCCCCUUAUAUUCUCUAACAUAUAUUCUCUAACAUCGCAGAGCGUUGUUAUUGAACAAGGUCUCGAAUUUGUACUUACAUUCUUGUGUAAAUAUAUAUGCUGUAAAUGAAAGUAAGGUUUUACUAUGACUGACACCAAGAAAUUGCUGACACUGAAAAUUAGUUAUUGUAAAACAAUGACAUCCUAAGUAAUCAGUACAGAUCUGACUUGUACGUGUACAGUAAAAAGCAAUUAAAAAAAUAUUACCGUGAAAUUCGGCUCAAAGUGUA